GGGUGAACCAGCUGGCUUCUCUGGCAGCGUUCUCCUCAUAGCACUCCCUCUACCACCUAGGAACCAUGAGGUUUCGGGCUAGGAUCACCAGCAAGCGUUUCCUGGAGCUCUUCAUCCAGGUCACCGCCACUGUAGCAAGGCUGACAAAGGUCUGUGUGCUCCGCGUGUCCCCUGAUAGGCUGUGCUUCUGCCCCACGGGCCUGCUGGGGGAGGCCCAGCUGUGGGGUGAGGUGAGGCGGAGAGUCUUCCACCACUUCUGCAUGGAGGGUGUUUCGGAGAAGUUCAAUGAGAUCUAUCUGGAGCUGGUGUCUGAGCAUCUGGCCAGAGCUGUGAAGAAUGCGGGCAGCGCUUCAUCCCUGAAGCUUCAGCUCACCAACAAGCGGCGCCCCUGCCUCACUGUGGUAGUGGAGCUGGCAUCGUGCCCCGGCCACACCCGUGCGAUGGUCCACGAUCUGCCUGUGAGAGUGCUUCCCAGGAGGUGGUGGAAAGAGUGCACAGAGCCCCCGGUCUGGUCCUCCGAUGUGAGCGUUUAUCUGCCGGCUUUGAAGACACUGAAGAACAUGGUGGAAAGGAUGGCAAAUGUGGGCAGUCGUGUGCUGGUGGAAGCAAAUCUAAGUGGCAAACUGAACUUGAGUGUGGAAAAUGAUGUAGUGACUAUUAAAAGCCAUUUUAAAAAUCUUGGAAAUCCUCCAAAGGCCGUUCUGAGUAUGUCUCAAGGCAAAAACCCGGAGAACAUGGUGCAAGUGCAGGUGGCUAAUCGGAAGCUUCUACAGUUCUUCGACGGGCAGCUGAUAAACCCCACAAUGGCCUUGUGUAAUAUUUUGAGCAAUACUCUGCUUCAUCUUGUUUUGGUUCAUGACGAUAUUUCUCUUCAGUAUUUUAUUCCUGCUUCAUAAAUGUUCAAGCAGCCCGACUUUGAUUUUUAAAGAAAUCUUAAUUUAAGGCCUUUCCAGAACUGAGACUCGUUGAUUUACUUGCGUUAAGGAGGAAACAGGAUGGGAGCCUACUAUAGAGGGUCCUCUGAAAGACUCUACCCAACAGGGGACCGAAACAGAUGCUGAGACUCAUAGCUAAACUUUGGGCAGAGCGAUGCACCAACCAAGGACCAUGCAUGGAGAGGACCUAGACCCCCCUGCGCAGAUGUUGCAGUUGGCAGCUCAUUCUCCAUGUGGGUUCCCGAGUAAGGGCAUCAGGGGUGGCAUCAGGGUUGCCUGCUCUUUGAUCACUUGCCCCUGGCUCUACGGCCUUGCCAGGCCACAGAGGAAGAGGAUCUAGGAACUCUUGAUGAGACUUAAUAAGCUAUGGGUAGAUGGCAGAGGAGGAGAAGAACCCCCCCCCCCCCUUUCAGUGGACUAGGGGAAGGGGAUAAAGGGGAAGUGGGAAAGAGGGUGGAACUGGGGGCUUCAGUCGGGAUAUAUAAUAAAUAAAUUGUAAAAAAACAUUUAAAAAGAAAAAAAAAUACCCCACCCCCUUCCGGAUUACAUAGGGUCUUUAUUUUGUUGAGGGCUUCCUUUGUGAAAUAU